AUGAUCGGGAUGACAGUGAGUGAUGCUUUAGGGGCACACGUUAAGUUUCGACCUCGAGCUUAUCUUAAACAAAAUCCUGUCAGUGACAUGCAAGGUGGUGGAACGUGGGGAUUAAAUGCUGGACAGAGGACAGAUGAUACAUCCAUGGCACUCUGUUUGGCCGCUAGUCUCAUUGUAAAUAAAAGUCUUAAUCCGUAUGAUCAGCUUGUUCGAUAUAAAUGGUGA